AUGCACAUCUGCACGUCCACGUCUGCACGUCCACAUCUGCACGUCCACGUCUGCACGUCCACGUCUGCACGUCCACAUCUGCACGCCCACAUCUGCACGUCCACAUCUGCUCGUCCACAUCUGCACAUCCACGUCUGCGCGCCCCGCACACAGGCAUGCGGCAUGACAGUGGCGUAUGCGGGCAUGUACGCGGUGGAACCCACAGCUCACACGCUCGCCUCCAUGCUGCUCGUGGCCUGCGACGUGCUGCCCAUGACCACCGUGCUGCUGCUGCCCUGCCUCGCUGACUCGCUCUUCCGCUUCACCUACAGGCGCUCACCACACCUGCAUCCGCUCGUCUUCCCCCUCGUUUCCACCUCCAUCUGGACCCUCCUGUCGCUGCUCUCCCCCAUAGGCGCCACAGCCCACCCGCUCUACUCCGUCCGCUCCAUCCUCCCUCUCGUGCAAGCCACUGCGUGGGUGGGCAUGGAUGGGGUGCUGCUGCUACUGGCGUGGCUGGUGGGGGGGAUUCACCAGGUCAUGUGGGAGGAGGAUGCGGUGGGGAGGGGUGUGGAGGGAUGGAGGAGCAGUGGCGGUGGGAGGGUGGUUGGGAAGGAGACAGAAGGGAGAGGGGGAGGGGUUGUGCGGUGCCGGGGGGAUGGGGGGGGAGAAAGGGAGGGGGAGGGGGGCUACAGUCAAUUGUGUGGUGAGGGCUGUAAUGGUGGUAGUGCAGUGCGGGAUGGCGGAGGAGCAGGAGGAGAAAGAGAAGGAAGCGGAAGAGGGGGAGGGAGGGGAGGAAGGGACGAGGGAGAAGGAGCAGGUGGCGAAAGCAGGGGGAGGGGAGCCGGCAGCGGGCGGGGGCAUGUGCAAGUCAGCGCGGCACUGCUGGUGGUGCUGAUGGCAGCUGGUUCCGCAAGGGAGGCAGUGUUUUCAUCCAGCUUCUUCCAAAAUCCACUCGCUGAAACCCUCGUUCCCUCCGUCCCUGUAUCCUGCAUUCUCUCACAAGCCUGCACCAACACCAUGCCUCCCCAGCCUCCCUCCUCGCUCGCUCAAUCUACUCAACGUGCUGCUUCUGCUGAAGCAGCAGGAGCUAGGCAGCUGCUGCAAGGAGAAGAGGGGGAGAUAGGGGGGGAGCUGGGGAAAGUGGGGGAGGGAGAUGCGGAAGGGGAAGUAUCCGCAGCAGAAGGAGCCAGAGCAGAAGGAGAUGCAGAAACAGAAGCAGCAAAAUCAGCAGCAGCAGUAGCAGCAGGCGCAGCAGCUAGAGAGGCGUGGGAGAAGUGGCAGGCAUGGCGGAUGGCAGGCAUAUCACGGAUGGUGCAGCAGACGCAGCAGAGGGCGAGAGCAGGCGAGGUGUUGAUCCUGUGGUCAGAGGCGGCAGUCAUCCUUCUGAAUGACCAUGAGGAGGCCAAGCUCCUGGCUGACCUCGCUGCCAUCGCCACCGCUGCAAGCGCUAACCGCACUGCUGCUGCGGCGGCCUCUUCAAGGCCUGCUGCCAAUGCAGACCUGUCGGUUCUUGGCCCGUACAUUGGCGCGUCUUAUAUGAAGCGCAUUUCCCCGGAGCAAUUCACCAACUCGUUCGCCCUCAUCGGCCCCACCGGCGCCCCCAUGCUGCGCUACAACAAGUCGCACCCCGUGCCCUCCGUGGAAGGCAAUGUGCUGCCGGGCGAUGGCACUCUCCCCGUGGUGGACACGCCUCUGGGGAGGCUGUCUGUCGCCAUCUGCUUCGACCUGCAGUUCCCUGCUCUCAUCAGCCAGGCGGGCAGGCAAGGAGUGGACAUUCUGCUGCAGCCCAGCUGGACGUGGGGCGCCAUAGGCCACGUGACAUUCGAGACGGAUGCAGUGAGGGCAGCAGAGAACGGGCUCACACUGCUGUGCUGCUCCUCCAUUGGGGUCUCGGGUGUCGUCUCCCCGUACUACCGCACCCUUGCUGCACAGGAAGUUCUAGACACUGGGGUACUCACGAUGGUACUGCCCCUCCUGCCCCGUGCCCCAGCUCUCUACCCAUAUUUUGGCCUCCCUAUGUCCCUCCUCCUCCUCUCCCUCACCCUCCUUGCAGCAUUCCUCGCCAUUGCCCCUCCCUUCCUCUCCCUCCCCUUCUGCCGCUGUCUUCCCAACUCCGUCUGCUCGCUGCUGCCUCACCCUCUGUGUUAUGCUGGAAAGUGCGGGAAAGGCGGGAACGGCGCCACAGACGUACAGACACAGGCGUUCAAGAGGCACGCAUCAACGACCAAGCACAAGGAGGCGGUCAAGAACCAGGCGAAGCUUCUUGCUGAAGCUGGCCGGCAGCCGCGUAUCAACGGUGACAACCUCGCUCGUAACACCGAGAAGGAGCGGGUCAUCAAGCUGUGUGACUCCCUCAUCUUCGUGACCAAGCAAGAUGCACCCAUAGAAUUAUGGGUGAACCUCGUUCGCUACCUCGCGGAGCAGAAGGUUCCGGGAUUUCCCGCGAAAGGAUACGGAACCUACUACACCACGGAGGCGCUCGCAGCAAAACAUGCAGCGGCGGCCCUUCCCGAGUUCGACAUGGUUGACAGCCUCAUCCGUCAACUCGCAGAGCAUCUCGGCCGUUCCGGCCCAUGGCAUCAACGGUUUCUGGAGCUUCAAGAACUCUUCACGUCCACAAACCUGGAGCUUCAGGGGAUUCACCAGGUCCGCUGGCUCUCCAGGGGUGACGCUGUUCUGCGUCUGGUGACCGUCUUCCCCGCGAUCAUCGUCAUGCUGUACGAGUGGGACGAAACGCUGUACGAGCUCGCCACGAGCUACAGGUUUCACUUCCUCUUGUACUUCCUGGCCGACGUGCUCGAGCAGCUGAACAUCCUGAACAAGUCUUUCCAGCAGCGAGAGCUUGACAUUGCAGGUGUGCACGCGCAGAUCAGGAGAACCAUCUCUUACCUGGAGACCCGCUACGUCGACUACGGCGAUGAGUUUGGGGGCGGGUUGAGCGCGCGCCUGUCCCCGUUCAUCAUGAAGUACGGGCCGGACAGUGACAACCCCGAGGUGACGGUGCAAGGAGUGGACUCUGACGGUCGGCCCACUAAAUACACGUUCAAACUGCACGAGAACCCGAGCGAGGACUACCCAACGCUGGGAAAUCACUACAACUGCGUGGAUCUCUGCGCCUCGUUUGCAGAGACGCUCGUGCGCAACCUCACCAAGAGGUUUGCAGACUUGGAAUCCCUUGUGGGAGUCAGGCUGUUCAUGCCCGAUGAGUACCCGCCAGAGAGAGGAGAGCGGCACAAGCAGUGUCUCGAGUGGCUCAUGUCACUCGUCAAGCUGUUCAGGGCACUAGAGACAGACUACAUCCUUCCUGGUACGUCUUGA